AUGAAGAAGGUUGACAGCCUCGUCGAGCGAGCGCGGGAUCUCACGCUGCAGCAACUGAAAGAGCACCAUGUGGGCCAAUUCCAUGAGACGGUCGACUCCCACAUUCAAAAGAUCUACAAAGCUAUCACUGCAUCGGAGGCAUCGAAGAAUGAGUUUCUGAAAAGCGUUGACAAUGAGACGGGGCCUAAUGGACAGCCAGUUGCGGCAUCUCUGGCCUCGGUGGACGCCUUUCAAGCGUACAUGAAAGAUGCCGCGUCUUGCGCUCAAGCACCCCUCAAGGAGCUGGAUGUGUCUGCUCCCAUCUCAGAUUAUUAUGUGUCUUCAAGCCAUAACACAUACUUGACAGGUAAUCAGCUCUAUAGCGACGCUGCUGCAAGUGCGUACACAUCUGUCCUUCUGCGUGGAUGCCGCUCUGUUGAGAUUGAUGUCUGGGACGGAGAACCAAAGGACCCAGACUCAAGUGACAGUGAGACAAGCAGCGGUAGCAGCAGCGAUUCUGAGAAUGACGGGUCCUCAGGUACCAAAACAAAAGAGAAGACCAGGUCCAGAAGCGAAGCUAUACAGCAGAAAUCAAAGGGACUCUCUCGCUCAGUUUCGACAAGAUUGAACGAUGCUCUGCGCCGCAAAUCGCCUACGAAGCCCGAGCCAACUCCUGCUAAGACUGCCGCUCCUGCUAAGGCUACCGCUCCUGAGGCGAAGGCGGUCCGCAGUGAAGCGUUGGUAGAGCCCCGGGUCCUUCACGGCCAUACGCUGACCAAGGGGACGUCAUUCCGCGAGAUCUGCUAUGCGAUUCGUGACAGCGCCUUUGUCACUAGCGAUUUGCCGGUAAUCGUCAGCUUCGAGGUGCACUGUUGUUUAGAGCAACAGCAAAUCAUGGUAGAUAUCAUGCGAGAUGCCUGGAAAGGGCUUCUGGUGGAGGUUUCGCCUGACUUGGCCGCUGACAAGCUACCGAAGUUGGCUGAUCUGAGGAGAAAGAUCUUGAUCAAAACCAAGUCCAUGCCCUUGACCAAAACCGAUGGAAAGCCCGAGACACCGGAGGCGACUACCCCCGAGGAAUCUGCCCCGCAACCUACGGGACCACAACCUGUGGGAGCCCAACAGCAAAACCCUGCAAAGCCAAUCAAGGUUCUUGAAGCUUUAGCGAAGAUGGCCAUCUACACUAGAGCGUUCCAUUUCAAUCAUUUUGACCAGCCAGAGGCCAAGCUCCCAGGUCAUGUCUUCUCCCUCUCCGAGCGGGCAUGCCGCGAUGCUCACAUGAAUCAUCGCGAACGGCUCUUUGAGCACAACCGCUCAUCUUUCAUGCGCAUUUACCCCUUCGCCUUCCGGGUGAAUUCAUCCAACCUUGAUCCAGCCUUCUGCUGGCGUCGAGGUGCACAACUCGUAGCUCUGAACUGGCAAAACCUGGACAAAGGAAUGAUGCUCAACCAUGGCAUGUUCACCGGCACGUCAGGCUGGGUAUUGAAGCCAGAUGGAUACCGAAGCUCUGAGCCUAAGACAGAUCUCAUUCACCGCCGAACGCUAAACCUAGUGCUAGAGGUCUUUGCUGCUCAGGACUUAUCAUUGCCCCCUGGCGAGCAUAAGGAGAAAGGGUUCAAGCCCUACGUGAAUUGUCAACUGCACGUCGAGGAGCCGGACGGGCCCGUCGCCGCUGGUCGUGAUGACGCUAGCUCUGACUCUGAGAAGAGCAGCUUCCGCCGCUGUACCAAGAGCUCGUCCGGUGUCAAUCCCGAAUUCAGGGGGCAGAAGCUAGUCUUCCCAACUGUGACAGGGGUGGUGGAGGAGUUAAGUUUCGUUCGGUUCAAAAUCAAGGACGACGAGAUCGGUCGUGACUCACUAGCUGCGUGGGCUUGCAUUCGGCUUGAUCGACUCCGUGAAGGAUAUCGGUUUGUUCAUCUAUACGAUUGUACCGGGGAGAAGAAUGGGGGACUCCUGUUGGUCCGUGUCACGAAGCAGGCUUCGUGA